CUCGUGGAUUGCACACAAUCUGGUUCACGGCAUAUACUCCGGCCAGGUCUUGCAGAGCGGUGUUUAAGGGCAGAUCAAGAUGAAUACAAUCCGAUCAGUAGGCUAUGGCUGGGGCGUCCUCAUCGUCGCAGGCGCUGGUUCAUACUACUUCGCCAAGAAGUCUAUCAACGCCGAUCGAGAAGAACGAGCGGCACACAACGAACGCCUACGACAAUCGCAAAACAGAUUACGAGCACAAGAAGCCGUGUCGAGAGAUGCUGCCUUGAGCAGCGCAUCAGCCAAAUCUACUGGAGGCAAAGGGGAGUCGAAGUACGAUACGCCGUCACCCAGUCGAGAAGCAAACGAAGACCCUGCGCCAACUCACCACGAAAGCAAAUAUGAAGCGAAAGAUCCAUUCAGAAGUCGGAAAGGCGAUCGAUUUAGUUGAUGGGAAUGUUCGAGGUUAAAAACAUACUCAGGCCGAGAUCUGACUCCGAAGCUGCCUUAGUAAAGACGCUUCAAGCAAUGCUCAUUCCAGCUCCGGAGCGGCAUUGGGAUCAGGGCAAGGGCUCUUACGUAGCGACCGUCUCUAGGUAUGCAGUCGCAGCGAAUGUGAUAGCUCGUAGAGAUCGUUGGUCGACAUUUGUCCCGCUCAGCUCAUGAGCUGCAACGGGAGCAAUGGAAUGGCCGAAUGAUUUGGUUUGCAUUGGAACCCAGGAACAUCAGAUGCAGUCAGAAGAGUCUUAAAGUAGAUUUAUCUAGCGUACAGCUAGGGAAUGGUUGUACGGAUCGCUGAAAACGAUGAUUGAGGCCAGCUCCGUCGAGGUUGCAAUGACCUCAGUAUAGCUCUUACGCCCCCAGCCAGGAUAUCACAAUGCGAUUAUGCCCACCAACGCCUAAAUAUCAAAGGCCUUCGCUACCGUGGAUAUCUCUUCAAACCAGGAAUGCAGUAUGUAAACGCAAAGAUCGAUCACUUGUCGACCGAUCAGGCCUUCUGUUCUCCGACUUCUUCCACGCCGCUGCUCAUCUCCGCAACCUCAUGUAUGCACCAGCAUAGUCGUCAAGACUCGAUCCAGGUAGGCAAUCGCGGAAGCUCAGAGGCCGGAAUCGUCUCUUAUCUGUCGCAGCUCCUUGUGAAAUGACAUAUGCUCCAGCAAGUGGUGCACUGACUAUUGCACACCAGUAUCCAACGACUGCCGCAGCUCCAAGUCGGUCUUGUUGAUGUGCCGUCCGUGUUCGGUAGGUGCUAAGGAAGCGUGAAGCUCGUUGGAGAAGUGGACGUGAUGUGAUGGCCAUUUCGAUUUACGGUUGUGUUGGGUGGAUUGUAAUACUCUCUGAGUGAUGUUCGUUGUUGUUGAAACGUUCUGCACAGUCG